AUGGUCGACCAAGAUCUAUGUGAUGCUGUGGCCCUUGUAGGACCUGCACGUCAUCGCGUGCCAUUCAUUCGGGCGCCUUUGGCAGCUAUCUCCAAGCCACUGAAGGCUGCCUUGUAUGGUGAUUUUCUGGAAGGCCACACGCGUGAACUCAUUCUGGAAGAUGUGACCCUUGAUGCCUUCGACGUGAUGAUGCGGAGUGCAUAUCAUUUGGAACCUGAACUUACUCCCCGCAGGGCCCUAUAUGCCUUCACAGCUGCAAGGCUGUACAUGAUUGAUGACUUGCAAAAGUAUUGCCUUGGGUACUUGCAACAUACGGAAAACUUGGACUGCACAACAAGUUUGCAAUUACUUACAGAGUCCUUGAAAUUUUCCCUCGAUUUGCCUCUGGAAAUACGGCACCUGUUUUGUAGAAAGAUUUUGGCCGGAAGUUCGUGCGUUAUUGAGUCUCCCUUCUUUCUUGAAAGCCACAGUUCCAUCAUCGCCAGUUUGAUUAAGUUGGAUGAGUUCUAUGUCUAUGAAGAACGGCUUUGGGACCGAUUGAUGGAGUGGUCUGCUGCAGCUGUUCAGAAACCAGAGCUGCUGGGACCAUUUGCAGAUGUGACUUCAUAUGCUGCGCAGAAACGUGCAAAAUCCACCACUCAUGACAACAGUAUCGGCCCGAGUGAAGUAGCACUUCAAGAGGCAGUGUUCCGUCUAAUGUUGCCGCACAUCCGCUUCACCCAACUGUCCAAGCACUUCUUCAUUGACAAGGUGAGAAAGCAUUUGGAUCGCGAGCAAAGUGACGCUGUCAUGGAUUAUUUCUUGGUCGGCCGCCACCCGCAAGGUGUGUUCCCCAAAGCCCGGUUUAGUUUGCAAUGCUUACAGCAGCAUGGCCGGGGGGGAGAGCUGCUGAUGCACAGGAUGAACAAAGUGACAGGAGGCAUAGGGGAGAGCCAGUACAUUCUUGACAUGGGAGGUCGAGUAGAGGUCACUGCAGUGUGUGUUGAUUUUUGUUUGCCGGGCAGGGGUGAAUCGCUGACAUGGCUUGUUUCUGUGGCAGGCACCAAGUCCGAAAAAAACACAGUCGAACAAGGCAGAGGUGGAAGAAGUACCAUCCGGGUUCUUUUUGAAAACGUGUGCAGCGAGUUGAUCUUGGAGUUUUCUUCAAGGUCAGACUUCUUCGUGCAAAGCAUCUAUGUCCAUGGUAAGAGGAUGUUCCCAGAGCUAGAACGUGCCAACGAGGUGGUGCGGCAAUUGUCCCAGGCGGGCGUCAAAGCUCGAGCCAGACGUGGUAAGAAGUCCAAAGCCAAGGCGACGCUUUUCCUCGCUUGGGACUUGGAGGAAAAGAUGGAGGAAAAUCCCACCCCUGCGCCUGCGAAGGAAGAGACGAAGGUGAAGCCAGAACCAUUAGGCAAUAUUCUGGGGAGAGGAGGAGGCAGCACCCAGGCGCGUUUUUUUCCUUUGAAGGGACUGAUCAGAGCAGAUUCCACUCCAGCAGUUCCAGCGGCAAAUCGUUCGGCAGAGCUUCUCCAGGACAAGACGACGCGGGAUGCAUUGCUGCAGGCAUUGAACUCUGUGCCAGCACCCGGUGCCAACGACAUCCCGGUGGUUCCUCCCAGUGAUCCGGAGAUCCAUCGCUUAGUGAGUCAAGGGCGAUCACUGCUGCAAGUCGAUGGGAAGAAGGCGGUGGUGCUCUUGCGUUUGGCUGCGCGGAAGGGCUAUUUGCCUGCCUACUUGCUCCUGGCAGAACACGCGCAGAGCUCGCAAGAUGACACGCUUCUCAUUGAGAGUUUAUGUGCGCUUUUUACCUCGCCAGAUGUGCAUAAGCAGUUGCCGAAGAAUGUCUUGAACACCAUCGUGAUGCAACUCACUGCAGUCUUGCGCGAUCCCAAGAACCGACGGGAGGCGGAAGCGCAUGCUGCCGAUAUCGAUGCCAUCGCAAAAGACUGGCCAAUUAUGCACAUGCUGAAGUUUCCACCAGGUGAAAGUAAGUCAAAAACCAGCACAGCAAAGCAGCAGGCAGCGUCCAAGUCCCAGCCGAAGGCGGUGUCCCAGGACUUCCAGAAGAUCAAAAGCGCCAUGGCCUCGACGGCCUCGACUCCUCCGGUCAAGGCUCCGGAGGCGCUGAUCACAGAGAUUCCCUCGCCGCUGAGUGGCAGCUGUAAGCGCAAAGAAGUAGGUUUUCAAACCACGCCAGGCAGCUGUGGAAAAUGUUGGGAACAACAUGGUGAUUUAAUGGUGACUAUCUGGGAUUUUAAUAUAUUUAAUGAGAUUUUACUAAAUUAA